GUUUUCAGUUCGUUCUAGAAGCAGUUCUAAGUAAACCCAUCUCCCUCAAAAAUGGCCUUCAAACUCGUUGUGUGUCUGGCGUUCCUCGGAGUUGCCGCCGCUGGUCUUGUCCCACUGCACGGUGAUUACAAGGGAGACUACUACUCCCACCCCCAGUACUCGUUCAACUACGGAGUCCAUGACGGUCUGACCGGUGAUGUGAAAUCCCAGGUCGAGAGCCGCGAUGGAGACGUUGUCAAGGGACAGUACUCGCUGGUCGAGCCCGACGGUUCGGUGCGUACCGUUGACUACACCGCCGAUGACGUGAACGGAUUCAACGCUGUCGUCACCAAGUCCGGCCCCUCGGUCCACGCUGCCCCAGCUGUCGUCAAGACCGUUGCCCCAGCCGUCUAUGCCGCCCCAGCUUACGCCCAUGCCGCCCCAGCUGUCGUUAAGACCGUUGCUGCCCCAGCUGUGUACGCCUCGCACGCCGCUCCAGCUGUCUACUCGCACGCCGCUCCAGCUGUCUACUCGCACGCCGCCCCGGCCGUGUACGCCGCCCAUGCCCCAGCUGUCUACUCGCACGCUGCCCCCGCCGUGUACGCUGCCCCUGCCCUGAAGACAGUCGUUGCUGCCCCGGCCUACGCCCAUGCUGCCCCAGCUGUGUACGCUUCGCACGCAUAUGCCCCGUCCCAUGCCAGCGUUGAGUACCACGGAAAGUACGCUGGUGCCCCAGCUUACUACCACUAAACGGAUAUCCCCACCCCCAACGGAACGCCACUGUCUCGGAAGCUGCUGCAGCGUGCCAUCUAUCGGUGACGGAGCAAAAUGCGCACUGCCAACCGUUAUUUAUUUCAAUCGGCCCCUCUCCCCUAGUCUAUCACUCCACUCUAUCGUGUUCCACCAACAGUCACACGAUAGAUCGCAGACUCGGCCGUAGCAGUUUCCGGUGAUUCUGGAUCGGGAGUACCGACAAAACGACGACGCAUCUUCCAUCGAACAAUGAAUUUGUAAAUAGCGACUGCCACAGAAGAACAAACGUGAUCAAAUUUUAGAUAUUUAGAAACGCAACUAUGCAAGAUUUCCCCCACCCCCUACUCUCUGUCUCAAGUGCAGAGAGGUGGACAACUGGAACCUACAAAUUCUCUGUAGAGUGUGCUAGCAAAGUGCGACUGCUAAACGUGCAAAUACUCAUAUGUACACAGUUGACAACAAAAAAAACGAGAAGAAGACCAUUUUGUACAGAGAUGAAACGUGCCGAUGAUGACAUUAAUUUUAAUACAAAGAAAGUUGAAAAUCCA